ACCACGUGGUGCCAACCCCCUGACGCUGACGCCACCAUCUUGGGAGCGGGCCCCGCCAACUGUCCCAGGCUUGCGUGAUCCCUAAGCUGCCUGCGCUGACUGCGGAAGCGCUAGACAGCUGCUAGCUGCUGAGCCGCUCUUGCUUGCGUGCGUGGACGCAGGUGGCGGGCUGGGGUUUCUGCGCCCUUCCGCGAUCAAGCCGCUCAGAGAAGCCAGAAGGCCUCCUAGACGCUGAACCGCGCCAGUUCUUCCCUCCCUGGAGGGACCACUGUUGUUUGAAGACCUGGACGUGUAUUUUUCUCAAGAGGAAUGUGUGAGUCUGCACUCUGCCCAGAAGACCAACUGCAGAGAAGCUCCACUGGAGUGCUUUAAGGAUUUGGAUUUGAUAGAUUGACCUGGAACCUUGCAGUCCACCCACACGGAUAGACUUUUGAUUUUGGGAAGUCAAGAGAGCCUGUUGGCUCCUGAUUUUUGUAUAUUUAUUAGUGUCUGGGUAAUAAGCUAAUCCAUUUUCAGUUUCUGGUCUUCAGUGUAACUACUUUAACUUGUUCUUUCUCUAGUGUCAGCUAAAGGUGGUGUCUAUGUUUUCCUUUGUUUUGCUUUUAUCAACAGGAGGGGAAGACAAGACUGAGACCAAUCAGCAGUUAAGCCUAGAGUCUAUGGAACUUGAAGAGCUGUCCCUAGAAACAUAUUCCAUUGCUGCACCCCUUGUCCAUUACUCUGAAAAAUCUGAGGAUGAUGUUGGAACACAGGAAAGCAAAAUGUCAGGUGAAACUUUCUCUUACAAGACUAAGGUCAUAGGCCUCUUGGUUACCAUUGAAAACCAAACCCCAUUAGUAGAAUUAUCUCAAUGUUUAGGAGUCAGAACACUUUCUGAUAUUAUUGAAGUUCCCUGGGAAGAAGCCAAAAAUGAGUACAAGUGUCCUGACUGUGACCAAAGUUUCAGUGAUAAUACAUACCUUGUUUUGCAUCAGAGAAUUCAUUCAAGAGAGAAAAAGUACAAAUGUAGUACCUGUGAGAAGACCUUCAGUCACAGGACCAACCUGAGGACACACAAGAGAAUCCACACUGGUGAGAAGCCUUACAAGUGUACCAAGUGUGCUGCCAGCUUCCGGCAGCAGUCACACCUAUCCCGACACAUGAAGAGCCAUGUAAAGGAAAAACCAUAUACAUGUUAUGUAUGUGGGAGAGGUUUUAUGUGGCUCCCAGGAUUGGCAGAACAUCAGAAGAGUCAUACUGAUAAAAAUUCUUAUCAGUGUGCUGACCGUGAUCAACAGUAUUGUCAGGAAACGAAUCUGGCUUUGCCUGAAAGAACAGGCUCAUCAGACACCCCAUACCAGCACACACAGUGUGUGAAGAGCUUGGAGCAGCCCUCAUACCCUGCUCUCCCUGAGAAGGACGAUAAGGAGGAGUCUAAGAAUUGCAGUAUUGAUGAUGAAGACUUUUUUUCAUUCUCCAGAUUCAAACCUUUACAAUGUCUUGAUUGUGACAUGACCUUUCCUUGUUUCUCGGAACUUGUUUCUCAUCAAACCAUUCAUGACAUGGAAAAACCUCAUAAAUGUAAAACAUGUGCAAAAACUUUUGCUUUAGAUUCAGAACUUGCAUCCCAUGAGAAGACCCACAUAAGAGAAGAACCUUUUAAAUGUACAGUGUGUGGAAAGAGCUUUAGAGUGAAUAUGCAUCUCAUCACUCAUAAACGAACCCAUAGGAGAAACACCAAGUAAAUACAACCUUUUGCUGUUACUGUGUGGGCUUUUUAGUAUCUUUAUGAUGGGAAACACUGCUUAUGUGCGGGGGCACCAGGCUAAGCAAGCACUUUACACACAUUCCAUGUAAUGUAGGCAGUAUUAUUUAUUACAUCUGAUUUAAAACAGAGGAGACAUAAUCAAUGUUACAUACAUAGCAUGUGAAGCUAGGACUUGAACCGUUACUUGAUCAAAUUCCGUUUAUAUGAGCCAGAGAAACAUGAAACUUUAAAAUUCAGCUUUUGACUGCUGGGUGGGGUGGUGCACACCUUUAAUCCCAGCAUUCAGGCAGUAGAAAUAGGAGGAUCUCUGAGUUCAAGGCCAGCCUGGUCUACAUAGUGAGUUCCAGGACAGCCAGGGCUAGAUAGUGGGACCUUGUCUCAAAAAACAAAAACCAAAAUAAUUUAGUUUUUGUUAAAAUGAAGGUUAUUGCUACAUUUUUUUUUCAAAUUUGGUUUCUAAGAAUUUUACGAAGAAAUUUUUUUUUUGCCAGUUUUGUACAUGCAGUAUCUAGGAAAAUGAAUGUAUUUAUAUUUGUUUUUAUAGUUUUCAUGUUAAAACUAUUUCAGUGUAAUGUCUGUAUAGAAUAUUUUGUUUUAAUGUGAAUUUCUAGUUUAGGACUUUAUAUAAAGCUACCAAAUGAGCCAACUUUGUUUUUUAAGUGUGUGGGGGUUCUUGCUGUGUAGCCCAGGCCAACCUCAAAAUCAUUAUUUUCCUGUUUCCAUCUCCCAAGUGCUAAGAUUACUGGUAUGUACCAUCAUAUCCAGCUAGUGGAUGACAGUAUCUGUGGACUUCCCAUUUUCAGACCUGAAGGCAGAGGCAGGUCCUGAUAUUGUCUAGCAGUUAGGGUUUGAGGGGAGUACUUGUUCCUCUCUAAGUAGAUUUGCCUCUAGAUCUCAUGAAUGUUAGAACUAUGUUUUAUAGAGCAUGCUAAAUAGUGUGGGUAUAUUAUUUUGUUUAAUUUUUUUAAAAAUCUGAGAGAAAGGACUCUCCAAUGUAAAGUCAAUACUUUGCUAAGCACACUGUGAUGAACCUAGGUUGACAUCUACAUUCAGGUGUGUUGUAAUUCUUAAGGCCAUCAUUUUGUGACACUGCACUAUCUGUUGGUAUUUGUGCCACAAGUUAACUCUAGGAGACAAGGAUGCUGGGAGAGGAAGGGGAACAACAGUCAUCAUGGAGGCUUCCCCGGGACUUACUACCUGAAGCCCAUGUUAUAAAUAUCCUUAUUUUUAUCUCCAAAACUUGAUUUCAUUACUCUUAAAAGGCAACAGAAGACUCUAUGCUUCAUGCUUGAACUUCUUGUCACUAUAUCAAAUCAGAGAAUUUUUUUUUCCCAUUUUGAAACAGGGUUUCACUAUGCCGCCCUGGCUGUCCUGAAACUCCUUCUGUAGACCAGGCUGGCCUCGAACUCAAGAGUGCUGCCUUCCUCUGCCUCCUGAGUACUGGAAUUAAAGGCAUACACCACCACCAACCAGUUAGAGAUUUUUAAAAUUAAAUUGUAACAUUUCAUAUCCAAUUCCAAAGAAAAAUACAUACAGGAUUAGUGAGUUUUUAGCCAAAAUAAUUGAUAAUAAAUAUGCCUUUAAAUACUGGUAUUACAGAUAAAUAUUAGAACAAAAUAUUUUCAUAGUGUGGUUAUUACAAGAACUGAAGAAUGUUGUAAGUACACGUUCUUACAGAACUACACUUUACAACCAAAUUGAUUAUAUACCUAUCAGUAAAAUCUACACGGUCUUUUGGCUAGAAUUCUGUGUAAAUGAACUGUAAAAAUACAGUAUUUACUAAAAUGGAAUUACUGCUAGGAAAUUUUAUGCACAAAAAUAAAGCCCUCUUGAAGGCUGGUGUCUGAAACAUAGUACCUGGGAAUUGUUCCUUCUACAGAAGAGCAGGUAAGGAUUUUAUAUACAAAAAGAUGCCAGCCCUGUGACUAAGCUCUUAAUAUUUACUAUAGACAGGAAGAGCACUUGCUGAAAAAACUGAAGUCAACAGCCUUGCCUCAUCUGUUGUCCCUCUCAUGGAGGUGACUAUUUCAACUUAUCCACAGUUGAGACUGUGAUACGUAUGUCAAGGUCAGACUUGGCUGUUCCCCACAUUUAGGAUAUAAAGGAUCAUUCUGUCAGUGAGUGGGGUCUCACAUUUGAAAUGGCAUUCUGGUCUCGUCAGCUCUUUGUCAGAGACGGCUUUGUAUAGAAAGGUAGUCUCAAGUCUUUAGCUAACUCUGGAAUAGAAUGGUUGUUGUUAACAGCAACAAGAGUGUUAGUUUCCCACUGUCUUGCUUCUGGGAGCGGGGGAGGGAGGGUAAAUGGUAUGGUGCCUCAUAUGCUCUAAUAUUUCAGUGAAAACGGGAGAGUUUACAGGAUGGGGAAUGAAAUUGGAAAAGAGGCCCUUGCUAACUAACAAGGUUGGUACAGAAAAAUAAAAGGGAAAUGUAUCAGAAGGUACUUGGACAAAAUGUGUCUGAUAUAAAAGAUGGAAGUUGUGCCUCCCCCCUUUUGCUUCUAAGGAAAUACAAAAGGUGAGUUUGUAUUGCAAGUGGUGCUGCACAUCUGAACAUGGAAAUGAACAUUUCUAGUUGGAUCUCUAUUCACAAUUUACCUCUAGUGUUUGUAAUUUUCUGCAUUCUCCAGAUUUUGAAAGAUUACCCACAAAAGACUAGAAAAAAAAGGCACCUUUACACAAAUCAUUAUAUAUGAGAGUAAUUAAAUGGCUUGUGGUAUAUUAUUGGUAACUGGUUGCAGAAAAAAGGAAAAACCUGAAUGCUACUGUGAAAUAGGCAUAUUUUUAGUUAUUUAUUUGUUUACUUGGUCCUAAAAACAUGUUAUAUUUUAUCCUCAAGCUGCUGUGUCCCUAAGGAGUUGAAUGAAGAGCUGUGUCUGCCACUGGUAUAUGGGCUACUUUUAUGAUAAUGGCCUUUUCAUCCUCCUAACCAUACUGUCAACUAGGGUAGAUUCCAUAGAUUGCUCUUAACCCAGGCUAUUAGCAAGUCAUGUUAGGUGCUAAUAAAUAUUGAUACAGUCAACAUAGGGAUUAAAAAAUGGGAUGUAAGAGUCUAUUGCUAUGAAUGGUUAGUUAACUACAUGUAGGAGGGAUGUUGACACUAUAAAGUAUGGAAACUUGGUACUUAAUGGGUUUUGUUGAUGCCAUGAUGAAACUGUGAAUAAAACAGUUCUUUAACAUUACUGUGGGGAUAGCAGGUUCUGUUAAACUGUCAUCAUUGAUGACAACAGCAUUUCCCAAUGGAAUUUAUAUGCUAGUGUUUGCACUUUGUAUUUAAAUGAUAUUAGAUUUUGUUGUUCGAGUUGAACUCAAAUAUUUUGUCUAGAAUUGUGCUGCUAAUUAACAAUCUGUUCAUAGAUCCCUGUAACCCUGAAGACAGCUGGCCUGGUAACUCAGGCAGUUAAAUGACAUUUUUGUUUUUGACACCUGAAGUAUCAUAAAAUUAAGUAGCAGUGUUCUGGUGACUAUAAUGUAAGAUGCCGAACAAUCUAAAAUGAUAGAUUUUGCUUUAAAUCUCUAAUUUAUUAUAUAUGUAUUCAAAGGGAGGUGUAGGUUAUAGCUUCUAUUAAAAAGAACCUAUUUUGAAUGUUGCAGGGAUCUUAUUAGGAAACUACUUUUGCUUUGGCUUUGUUAAAAAGGUAAAUUUUGUUUGUGUGUAUUUUUAACUGUUUUAGUCUUGUAUAUUCAGAGAUAUUUAUGUGAUACAAAAAUGACUAUUACUUAUCUAUUACUACAGGUGUUUUGUCUCUUUGAAUUGAGAUUGUUGUCUGCAAGAACAGUGUAGGGAGAAAGGGGAGACAACAUAUUCAUUUAUAUAAACUUAAGAAUAUUCUACCAUGUCUAGUCAUUUUGAUGCCUAGUUAGUUUUCCAUAUGCACUUCUGUUUAAUGUUUCAGCUUUACCAUUCUUAUCACUUUCUCGUUGGUCUUAGCUCUAGAUUGAACUCUCUAAACUGUGACUGUGUGUGUAUCUGAUGUGCAAUUUAUUAUCCAAUAAAUGUUAUUUUAUGAUGGCAA